UAAUCAAAAAAGGACUUACAAGGAAUAAAAAUGAUAUUCAGAAGCUGAUAAUUACCAUGUUUGAUGACUUAAUGAAGAUCAUUGAAAGUAAGGAAUAUGAUACAAACCUAAGACAAUGCCUGGAAAAAGCAUCUCCAGAUUAUAUGACGUCUAUUGCUAAACGAAAGAAGGAUAUUAUGAGAUCAGAUCAUGGCAUUGUUGUAGCAGGAGAAACAAGCGCGGGAAAAUCCACCCUUAUUAACAAAAUACUAGAAAUGAGAAUUUUCAAAGGCAGAAACAUGGAAUCUACAUCAACAGUCUGCAAAUUACGAAACUCUGACAAAGUUGUGAUAAAAACUGAGUCAGAAAAUGGUGAGGUUGAGCGUAUAGAUAUGAGUGACAUUGAUGUACUAACAAAGGAAGGGGAAAAAACUCUUCGAGAUACUUUGAAAAAUCUUACAGAUAUGACCAUUGAAAAAGGCAGUAGGAAGUAUAAAAGUGUGGAUAUUGGAUUACCACUAUCUUUUUUAAAGGGUAACACAAUAAUGGUGGAUGCACCAGGCAUCGGAGGCUCAGGAAAAGUCAGUCAAAAGUUAAUGGAAUACUUGCCAAAUGCUGUUUCUUUCAUAUUUGUGAUCAAUAUAGCAAGUGCAGGGGGGAUGCAAAGAGACAGGCUUCCAGAAAUACUAAGAGCAAUUACAAACUUACAAAUGGAUGAUGAAAUGCCUUGUUUUGAUCAACGAAGUGUUAUCUUCAUAACAAACAAAUGGGAUUCCAUUAAGAAAGACCCAGAGGACAGCAGCGAUGAGGAUGAGGUCGAAAAAACAUGGAAAAAAUUAUCAGAAAGAAUAAAGAGACACUGGCCUUCAGUCAGAAAAGAAAAUAUCUUCAGAAUGAAUCUAACAGAUGUAUAUCAAAAGGAAACUGCAACCCUAGAGUUUAAUCAGUUUCGAAGGUGUUUAGAAAAGAUGGUGAUGGAAAACGAAAAUAUAAGAACCACAGAACAUUUUAGAUAUCUAUAUACACUGUUGGAUGAUGUAUGCACAGGGGUUCGCACUAGACAAGAACUUGUCAAAAAAUCCAAAGAUGAACAAGAGAAAAAGAGAAAAGAGCAUCAAAUGCAGAUUGAUUCGCUCAGAGAAAAAUGCAAAACGAAAAGCCAUUGCUGGCGAAAACGUAUUAAAAGUUUUAUAGAGCAAGAAGCAAAGGAUAGUUUUGAAUAUAUGUCAUCGGAUAAUGGUAAAGAGAGAAUCUUGAAUCCAAAGGGUUGGGAUCCUAUAAUGGAGGUAACCUAUGUUCCAACAACACUAGGUGAUGACGUCCAAGCCAGAAUUGACCACUACAUAAAUGAAAGAGUUCGGUCUCCCGAAGUAAUUGAGGAGUUCAAGAAUAUAAAAGAUGACAUAUUGGAAUUCUAUAAAGAAAUUUCGUUCGAAAUAGAAAAAAUAGAAAACGCAUGGACAGGGACUGUCGAUGUAAGUUAUUCGAAGAGAGAAAUAAGUUAUAAAGAGGAAUCCGUUGCCCCGUAUGUUGCAGGGAUUAUAGCUACGUCUCCAAUAUGGUUUCCCCUACUGGCAGCAGGAGUUGCCAUAGCUGUAGCUUCAGUACCUUUUGCGGCACCUAUCAUUGCAUUUUUAGGCAGAGAUAGUAGGAAAAAGAAACUAAUAGAUAAGGAAUAUGAUAAAUGUAAAUUAACGUUUAGAUCACACAUAUGCAAUUCAAUGGAAAGCAACCAUGGAGAUGCAUUGAAUAAAUUGAUAUCAAAGAUCACGGAUGUUAUUUUGCAAAGAAGAAUAAAAUUCAUCGAAGAAACGAUCAAAGAACUUUCUGAAAACCGGGAGAGAAUAAUUGCAAACCAAAAGAAGUUAAUCAGCCUUGCUGAAAAGCUCAAGUCGAUGAAAGAUGUUGCAGAAGAAAUAAAGCAUGCAUUAAACAACUGGUCGACUGAGUAAAUAAAGUUUUAACACUAUCUAGAAACUGAUGGUAAAAAUAUGAUUUCCAUUAAUCGUUACAUAAAUAUUCAUGUGUGUGUAGAGUUAACAUUAAAUUAUGU